GAAAUAAAAUCAUUUCCAUUUUUCUACAAGUUUCGGUGCAUUCACUGAACCCAACCAACACAAAUUAAAAAAAAGGGAAACCUUCUUCGUCACUCUUUUAUCCAAAAUCCUCAAUCCAGUAUCUCUCUCUGUAUUUCACAAUUUUCUCUCUCCUAGGGUUUUGUCUGUGACGGUGGAUUCAUCAAGCUGGUUUUGUUUUCUUCAACGAAGGAGAUGAAGAUUCAGUGUAACGUCUGUGAGACGGCAGAGGCGGUGGUGCUUUGCUGCGCUGAUGAGGCGGCGUUGUGCCAUGAUUGCGAUGAGAAGGUUCAUGCUGCUAAUAAGCUUGCUAGCAAGCACCAGCGUGUUUCUCUCUCUAACUCUUCCUCUCACAUGCCUAAUUGCGAUAUUUGCCAGGAGACAGUUGGCUACUUCUUUUGCCUUGAAGAUCGAGCAUUACUUUGUAGGAAGUGUGAUAUUUCCAUCCACACUGUAAAUUCCUUUGUCUCGACCCAUCAAAGAUUUCUGUUAACUGGAGUGAAAGUGGGACUUGAGCCUGCAGCACCUGGUUCUUCUUCAUCUGGAGGAACUAGUUAUUCUGUAGAGAAAGCCUCGGAUGCUGAAAACCGGGCUACACUAAAGAGGAGUGCUCCUACGUCAACAACCAGUGAAUAUGCCAGAGCUGACCCUGUUCAAAGAGGAGUCGAGACAGUUAUGCCAUCUAAGAGAAGCAUAACAAAGCUGGUGGCUAAUGAAUUUCCCAAAAUCCAACCUGUCCAAAGUGGUGCUCUUGAGGACAUAACUCAAUCUAGAAUGACUGUUGCUGGUGGUUCUGCAGCAGGAACCCUUCAUCAGUGGCCCAUGGAUGAAUAUCUCGGACUGAAUGAUUUCCAGUUAAAUUAUGGUUUUCACGACAACGUAUCAUCAAAGGCUGAUAAUGGCAAGCUUGGAGAUUGUGAGUCUUCAUACCUGAGGUCCAUAGAAGAUGAUUUGGAUAGUGAUGAUCGGUUGGGCCAGGUUCCAGAUGUUUCUUGGACAGUGCCGCAGGUGCCAUCACCUCCUACUGCUUCAGGGUUGUACUGGCCGAAAACGUCCAAUCACUUGGUUGAUAAUGCUGUGUUUGUGCCUGACAUAUGUUGGCCCCAAGAGCCAAACUACUACCAGUAAACACAAUAAUUAUACUAUUCAUAUUAAACAGGUACACUCUAGUGGUUUAGGUACCAGCAUAGUUUAGUUGUUGUAUUUUCCUGUGGUUGUACUCAAAAUGUAUUAUUAGGGUUUUGUUUAUUUUUAAAGAAUGUCUUGCUGCGGUUAGGACUUCACCAGAUGAUUGAUGUAUCUGUAAUCUGUAUCACAAUUCAUGACAAAAAUACUGUAUUUGGAGUGUGAAACCACAUAGUAAAUAGGCCAAGACUGAAAAGACCUGUAUUUGGAGUGUGAGAUAACAACAGUGUUAUUCUUCUCCAGGAGCGGAA